GGAAUGGUGGAUGCUCUUCGAGACGUCCCUACGGGCAGUCACCUGGUGGAGCUGACCAUACAAGGUCGGCCAAUACAGUUUUGGGAUGUUUCAAACUUCCCCGUUCCGGCUGACCAGCCCAUGGAUACUGAUGACGAGACCCCGGGAGAUGCAGCCCAGGGCCUAUAUGGUGUCUUCCCCACGAGGGUGCUUGGACGUGUGUCCGGCGAUGAUACACUGACUAAAGGUAGCUCGCUCCCUCGAGCUCUUCGUCAUGUUCCUUCGAAAAAGAAAGGAGGCCAGAAGCCUACAGGAACAGCCCCGGCUGCGGCUGCUUCCUCUGGUGCUUUGGCCAAAUCCAGCUCGGCUCGGAAGCUUCCGAAGAAGGCCAGAGGAUCCAUUCGGGAAAGCUUGGCUACGCCAGGGGAGCUGACAAAGACCACUGGCUCUACCUCUCGUCGAUCUCAUGCGCCAAAGCUGCGGGCUGCUAAGUGCAAGGCUGCUGCUUCGUCUGGAGAGGGACGCACUGAUGUGGGACCAUCUUCCUCGCCGGCUGCGGACAAUAAGGAUGACCCUGACCCGGAAACCCAGCGGCGCAUAAUGAAUGAGAGAUGCGCUGCUUUGCUUGAAGCACAGCGUGAAGCCUUUAGACGUCGCAUGGAGCAACGACGAGAGGCGAUCAAGGCUGCGACGGCCAAAGCACGAGCAGUUCAUGACCCGCCUGUUACUGAGCCGAUGCCGGCAGCAGCUACUGCGGAUGGUCAUGCAGCUAUAUCCGUUGAUGUUGGGACCCAUGGUGAGCCUAUGGCAGAUGUACAGCCAGAUGCAACCGAGACCUCCGGACAGCCUCCGCUCCCUUCUGCAUACAUGAAAUGUCAUGCUCAAGAUCUUCUGGACUUCCUCAUGCAUAUCCUGGGCCGGAAUCUUGAUAUCUUUGCUCUGCAGCACUAUGUGGUUGUUGGUGUUGAUGUCCUCUCGCUUUUUACAGAAAUGCUUCUCAGCCCUCGGGAGUCGAGACCCAACAUUGUUUUGAUUCAGGAGUCUCACUGGAGGUUUACCUCGGAAUAUAGGCACGGCAAUUGGCUUGCGUAUCACAAUGGUGUGAGUGCUGAGCAGGUUCGUGUUCACAAUGUGCUGCAGGGUCGUCUCACUCAUGUCAGGAUUGACUUCCCCAGCAGGCUUAUUUUGCUCUUCUGGUGGAUGGGCGACGAGCCGGGGAUUGCCCCGCCGACGAGAGCCGAAACCAGUUACUUUCUGAGCCUCUUCCCCCGGCCCUCCCAGAUGCAGAAGGACCAGGCCGAGCCGAUGGAUACAAAGGACCAGCCAAAACGUGGGAUAUUCGAGGAUACUUCCGGUCGGGAGGAAAGUCUUUCCAAGGCCAUGAAGGGGGAGAUCCACGAAGAAGCGGCCAGUCCCAAGGAGCCUGUGGGAGUUCGAGCAACUGCCUUGCAGCCACCAGUCAAGAUACCGGUAACAGGCCUGCCAACCCCAUCCUCGACCACAGCAUCUCCGGCCAGUAUUAUGACGCCACAGCAGCAGCUGCUUCCGAAUGCAGCUACAGCCACACCGUCGGGGAAAGGCAAGACCAAGAAGGGCAAGCAGGGCAAAGGACAGGGCAAAGGUCAGAAGGGAAACAACGAUCCCUCUCAGACUACUUCGAGCUCCAGUCAUCAGGACAACGUCAUCUCAGCGAUGGGGCGCCUGUGUUUGCGCCACGAAGACGCGAUCGCAGUGCAGCGUGCGAACCAAGGAUACGUCUGGUGGCUGAGGACCGCUGGACCCGAAUCGAUAGUACCAUCGCUGGCCAGAGUGUCAGCAGCUUGGAACCGCAAGAAGGACGAAGAGGGUAUACAGGAGCAUCCGCUUCGGAUAGUCAUGCUGUCGACCUUGCUGGAAGUGAUGAUCGAGAGAGCUCAGGCGGCGGUGGAGCCGACACGCUUGGAAGCCUCAGCUCAGGCGGGUCUCAUCCUGAAUCAGGGGGACGAACCCUUUUGGCCGUUUCUACGCUGGAACCCAGCUCGUCGUGUCGAGGAAAUCGUGUCGAGCGAGGAAGCGAGACCCCUGGAGCAUUCCAGACUGAUGAGGAAGCUCAACCAGGUCAGGGAUACGAUCAAUCCCGAGAACAUACUGCGUUGCCACGGCUACCACUCCAUCUCCGAGAACAUGACGGGGGACACUUGGCGACUACUCCUGGAAAUCGAGACUGUUGGCGAGGAAGCACAGAAUCUUCAUGCUUGGCUUCGGCGGAUGAUCAACUGCACAGCAUGGAAGCUUAUAGGCGGUCGCUUUCGCCGCGAGCGGCUGGGUCGCUCUCCGCUAGCCAAUCGGCUGGCGGAGCUCCUGGGCUAG